AUUUGACGUUUGGCAUUUCAAAUAAGUACAUGUGGUUUUUGACAACUUGGCUGAUGCAAUAAGUUUGCAAACCAUUUAAUUCGUUAUUCUGAAAAUUCUUAGGAUUUACUAGUGCAAAACAUCAAAAAAACAGUUAUUUUUGUGUGUUAUCAACUUUUACAAUGGCUGAAGAUGAUGCAAUCUUUGACCCAAGUUUAAAGAAAAAAAAGAAGAAGAAGAAGACCAGCUUUGACAUAGAUGCAGCUUUAGCUGAAGGUAACACAGAAAAUGAUUCAGCACCAGCUAAUGAUGCUGAUAAUAAGGAAUCAGCAGCUGCAGGUGAAGACCAAGAUGACGGCAAUGUAGACAUUGAUCUUGACUUUACGAAAGCAAAAAAGAAGAAAAAGAAAAAGCCAUUCACAGCUGAAGACUUGGAUUCUGUUGACAACAAAAUUGAAAUUCCUCAAGAGGGAAGUGGUGACGUCGAUGGAGGGGUAGAUGACAGUUUUGAUUUAGAAUUGGAUUUCAGUUUAAGUAAGAAGAAGAAGAAAACAAAGAAGCCCAAAAACCUCGAUGAUCUGAUUGCUGAAACUGAGGAGAAGGACGAAGAUCAAGAAAAUGUUGAUGAAAACUCAACUCAAUGGGUCAACUCCGACAGAGAUUACACAUACGACGAAUUAUUGAAUCGUGCCUUCGAAAUUAUGAGAGACAAAAAUCCGGACAUGGCGGCGGGUAAAAAGCAGAAAUUCGUCAUGAGACCGCCGCAAGUCGUCAAAAUCGGCGCGAAGAAAACUUCGUUCGCCAACUUCACCGAAAUUUGUAAAAUGCUUCACCGUCAACCCAAGCAUCUGUUAGACUUUCUUUUGGCUGAAUUGGGUACCAGCGGGUCUGUGGACGGUAACAGCCAGCUCAUCAUUAAGGGAAGGUUCCAGCAGAAACAAAUUGAAAAUGUGCUGAGAAGGUAUAUUAAAGAAUAUGUCACCUGCCAUACCUGUAGAUCACCAGAUACAAUUCUUCAAAAAGACACUAGAUUAUUCUUUUUACAAUGUGAAACGUGUGGUUCUAGGUGUUCAGUAGCUAGUAUAAAAUCAGGUUUCCAGGCCGUCACAUCAAAACGUGCUGCUAUCCGAGCUAAGACAGCAUAGAGACCUUUGAAAUAUUGCAAUACAAUAAAUCAAUUGAAAUAUUCGGAAAUAGACAUUUCUAAGAGUGCUACAAAAUAGGUGUUGUAUGUGUUAUAUAAUUUGUACCAUAAAAUCUAGCUGAAUUGUUACAUAAAACUAACAAUCUUAUAUCAACAAUUUUAAUUAUAUAACUUUUUUAUUAAUAAUUAUUAAAUUUUAAUAAACAGUAUGAAAAUA